UUCCCGCAAGGCGAAAAGCAUGUCUAAAGAUGAGCGGAGCGGGGUGCGAGCGAUGUUGACAUUCAACAUGGCGGCAUGUCGUCAGUGCUGUGCUGUGUCGUGCUUGUGUAACUAAGAAUCUCAAAAUUUAGUGUAGAAAAUCAAAAGUAUCCUGUGUUUUAACCUGUGUAACGACUGGCCUUAUGGACAAAAAUAUCUCGAGCAUUACAGCACAAUACGCACCCAGCACGCAUUGAAGACAUCUGAGGAUUUUUAAUUUACUUUUCUGUUAUCACAACUCCAUAAAAAUUUUUGAGUGACUGUGAACGCAUAAUUUUUAAAUAACAUUAUUCUGGACGAUUUUUUUAUGUUUCCUACUUAUUAUUGAUAACAAUGGAUUUAUAAAACUACUGUGUGGACUGUUAACUGGAAAUCGAUUAAUUUCGAAGCGAGUAGCUUUUGUUGAUCCAUUUUGUAAGCCGCAUUGUGCUGCGGUCGUUUUUCUUCUGAUAGAUCCAUACCAUACAUCAGCUUCUGUAUUGUGGGGUAUUUUUCAAAUACCGGAUAACCAUUCUGUGAUAUUCGCUACACUUAAGAAACGAUAAGACGUGAAGAAGUUUAAUCAAGAAGCAGUGAAUGAACAUGUCGAACAAUCCUCAGUGGAAAUCGUUCCAGCCGCCCCCCGACACUUUGGAUCAAGAACCUAUUAUUGACUUCAAGACUAUGACCAGUAACGGUAAACGAUCAUCGACUUCAUUCAACUUCAACCGAUCUGGCUCGAAUACCAGGUUCAGCCAGGAGUUUCCGAUCCUGGGAACGGAAAAGGCCAGUUCCAGUCAAAUGUCUUACAGCAAUGGGCUUUACAGCUCUUCCAGCACCACUCAUGCUUCUGCCAGGAACUUUCCAGCGAUUGGAACCUUUUCAAUGGAUAGCAAUAAUGUCUUUAACAGCUCAGGUGAUAGUUCCAUGAAUACAUCAUCAAACAUAUUUUCAAAUGGAAAUAGCGUUAGUAGUAGCAGCUAUAAUAAUGAUUCGUCAAAUGCCGCUAACAUGGGAACCCGGGAAACUGGCAUCAUUGAAAAACUGCUGCAUUCAUACGGGUUUAUCCAGUGCUGUGAACGGCAAGCACGCUUGUUUUUCCAUUUUAGCCAAUUCACCGGCAACAUUGAGCACUUGAAAAUUGGAGAUCCGGUUGAAUUCGAAAUGACUUAUGAUAGACGGACUGGUAAACCGAUUGCCAGUGCUGUAACUAAAAUUGCUCCUGAGGUAAUGAGUGAAGAGCGCGUUACCGGUACAGUUACUACUGAGGUCAAAGGCGAAGGUUCGGGGGGAGACACAAUGGGCAGAAUUAGUUACGAAAAUAGAGGUGAAUGUUUUUUCUUACCCUACACAAAAGACGAUGUAGAAGGAAAUGUAGUUUUACGGUCUGGAGAUCGAGUCAGUUUUCAGAUCGCCACCAAUAACCGAGGAAAUCUGGGAGCGUGCCAUGUACGCCUAGAAAACCCCAAACAUCCAGUCAAAUACCAAGGAGUUGUCUGUUCGCUGAAAGACAGUUUUGGUUUUAUCGAACGUGCCGAUGUGGUAAAGGAAAUAUUCUUCCAUUUCUCUGAAGCAAAAACCAAAGAAGAGUUAAGAUUGGGGGAUGAUGUAGAGUACACUAUUCAUACACGAAAUGGCAAGGAAGUUGCGUGCAACAUCACGAAGUUGGUCCCUGGUACUGUCAUCUUCGAAGAUCUCAAGAUGGACACUCUAAAGGGGCAAGUUACUAAAGCCAUCGACAAAAGCCCCAGGUCGGCAAAUGAGCCUCUUCCCGGUCGAAUCACGUACAAAGUAGAUGACUCGAAGGAAAUCCGAGAAAUUUCCUUUAGCGAGAAGGAUCAGAUGGGCGACUUUACGCUGAGGUACGGCGACUGGGUCAAGUUCCAAAUAGCCACUGAUCGGAGGGAUGCGUUAGAUCGGGCUACUCAUAUCGUUUUAUUAGAUGAGAGUUUUGCAGCUUCUGGAGAAAAGCGGGAACAAGGCGUAGUGGCGUCAUUGAAAGAUGGCUUCGGUUUCUUGAAAUGCGUUGACAGGGAGGCUCGACUCUUUUUUCAUUUUAACGAGAUUCUCGAUGUGAAUCAUACCAAUAAUUUGCAAGUCGGUGACGAGUUCGAAUUUACUGCAAUCCAGGAUCAAGCGAACUCCUACAAUACUGGCCACAAAGAUAACCGGCAGAACGCAAUUCGCAUGAAAUGCUUGCCUCGAGGCACAGUACAAUUCGAGGUAACCAUCGACAGCGAUAUGACGGGUGUAAUAACAAAGGAAAUCCCCAUCAGCAAUUGGUUGAACAGAAGCCCAUCGAAAAUGCAAAAUGGAACAACAAACGAGACUAGCGAACCUGGGUUUAUUAGUUACAAUGUCAACGGUAUCAAGAAAACCAUAGCUUACUACACGAAGGAUUGUGAUAUUAAGCAUUUACCCAGAGUUGGCGAUAAGGUACAAUUCGAUGUAAAUCAAGUAAAGCGAACAAAAGAAUUCAUAGCGGUAAAGGUUCAAAUCACCCAAUCAGCUAUCCAAAGCAACGGCAUUAAGCAUAACAUAACCAGGACGAAUAGUCAAAUAUAUCAAGGAUUUAUAGCCGCUUUGAAGGAUGGAUUUGGCUUUAUUGAAACAACCCAACAUGACAACGAAGUGUUUUUCCAUUUCAGUAACUUUGAAGGAGACUCGAGCACCUUACAACUGGGCCAAGAAGUGGAGUAUAACUUGGCAAGCCGCGGGAAUUCUGGGUCGUGCUCAACAGCAGAAAACGUGAAAAUAAUCCCCAAAGGUUCUAUUGAAUUGCCAGCCGUUCACGAAGAUAUACUGGAUGGAGUGGUAAUUCGUCCGCUAAGAUCCGUCAAACCUGACCAACCGGAGUACUCUGGUCUGAUUAAAAUCCGGACAGAGUCACCCGAAGAGAACUCCGAAGAGUACGAAUUUGGCAUAGUGGGACUGGCAAACAAACGCGAACUACUUCAAGCGGGCGACCAAGUACAGUUCCAAGUAGAUUCCACCAAUCGGGCAGCCAACAUAGUUGCUGUUCGCAAGAAACUGCGCGCCACAGUUGACGCUAUCAAAGGCCAGUUUGGCUUUCUCGCCUAUGAAAUCGAAGAAGGCAAGAAGCUGUUUUUCCAUAUGACUGAAGUAAAAGACACUGUGGCCUUGAAUGUGGGCGAUACCGUUGAAUUCGUCUUAGUUACCAAUCACCGAAGUGGCAAAUCUUCUGCUUGUCACGUUGUUAAAGUCAAUGAUGUGCUAGCUAGACCGGAAAGACUUAUAAGUAGACUGAGAACUGUUUCCCUGGACGAUACAGGGCCUAAGUUACUAGUGGUGAGACAACCAAAGGGGCCUGAUGGUACAAAGGGUUUCUCUCCCGACUUUCGGGUGCAUCGGCUUCCUGGCUCCGUACACGAAUAGUUAUUGCAUAUGUUUGCCAAACUCCCCCAAGAAAACACACAAAAUAGGUAAAAAUAAAAACCGUUGAAUCCACAUUCUUUCAGUUGCCUCUUGCCAUCUGCAACUGCUUUUGAAAUUUGAAAGUGUGUUAAAGAGUGAGUUGUUGAUAAAAAUAGACCAAAACGACAUUUAGCUAUCUGAGAAACUGAUUGAGUCUUAUCCAGUUUUUUAGUUCGUAUUCAAAGCCAUGAAGGAAAGUGUGAAAAGAGCAAAUUGAACUCGCUUUAUAGACGAAGAGAAUAAUUUCUUUGAAACCCCGACUUCACGGUGUAUUAUGCUGCCAUUCCUAGCAUUUGGAACUAGACAUUUCGUUUAAAAAUUCGAAUAAUUCCAAAUCGCCUUUCAUGUGUUUCGCCUAGUAUUAGUAUCGGGUGGCGCUCAUGAUGGUGAUUUGCUGGUAUAUUGGGUGCGAUCGCAAAAAAGUAUCAUAUAAAUCGUAAACUAAGUAAUAUAAACACUGCUUGAUAAAAACCAAAAAUAAAAAAAAGAUAAUCCAUUGACAAAUAUAUAAAUACAAUGAAUUUAUCCUUAGAGUACAGAGUUAAGGCAUUAGAGUAUGAAUAAAAUAUAAAACUAGAAAGACUGCAAGUAAAACUGUACAAUGUAAGUAUUUUUUAGUUUCUUUUAUUUUGGUGUUUUAAGGUAAUUCCUCUAGGUAAACCAUAGUGUUGCAGUCAAUAUGCAGUACCUACCCGCCACAUAAUACUUUUUCUUUGUACAGAGUGAUUUAGACAAAGGUUUUUCGAAUGUCCGCUGUGUAGAUAAACAAUUUUCGCGAAAUCACUAAUCAAUCGUUCUAUCGGCGCCUAAGGGUUCAUAUAAUAACUUAGCUCUGGACCAGUAGCUUUCCGUUUUCCAAUUAACAAAUUUAUUUCAGCAUUAAAAUGUUCUCGCUACUUAUCAGUUCCUUUUCAUUCGGGAAACAACACUGUUUUAACUUCUACCUGGCCAUACACAGCUUUUAACUUAUCAGUAGAGUGGAAGUUGUGGGAGUAACCCAAAGCGCUUUCAGGAAAUUUAAGGGUUUAAAGCCGGAUGCUCUUCCAUAAAAAAACAUACUUUCGCUUACUACCUAAGUGCUUUAUCAGAGUUGCUCGUCUUCUUGAGAUUAAAUAUUGUAUGCAAUUAUUCUUGCUAUUUUAUUGGCUAAUAGUCUGCAAUAUAUUUCAAUAAUCAAUUCCCGAGCAAGUCAUUGAAUUAUUCAAGUGUGGUAUUAAAGAUGCUGCUUUGUCAACUAUUUAGUAUUGCAGUUAAAAGAAAGUUAUUUGGAUUUGUUUGAGUAAUUUAGUCUAGACUAGGACGUAGACAUAAAGACGUUUAGAUAGCAAAGUAAUAUAUUUCCUUUGUAUCGACUGGAUAUAAUUUUUUUAAACAAAUUUCUGAACAUUACGUGAACAGACCCAGUGCGAAACUAGCUGAUUCAUCUGUAGUAUUUUAUAGUAAAUUGGAAGUCAUAGUAGUGUUUAAUGCCAGUGAAUAUUGUAGUUUUAGGAACAUAUCGUCGUGUAUAUGAAUAUAUGAAUAGUUGUAACAUGUUCAUGCUAAGGCAAACGAACAGAGAAGGUUACCUACCUGUUAAAACAUGUUUCGUUUUACUUCAUUCCUCUGGAAGUUUAGCAAUAACAAAGGCUUUUCAGUAUUUGUGCCAAAGUGUUUUGGGGUUUGCGCUUAGUUGUGUAGUGUUUCAGUCAUUUGUCCAAACCCGUUUUACUUUUCCUUCCUUAGGAAUGAGGUAAAAUCGAUCUAGUCUCGGCUAAUAUUACUGCGGUGUGGUAUUUUAGUAGACUUCCAUGUGGCCUUGCUUUAUGUAUUUUGACCCACUGUGAUAGUUUAGUCAUUUCGAUUCAAAGGAAACGAAUUUUUUCCUCGGCAAAAUUUAACCCCAGGCGUCAGUUUGCAAAUUGUAUAACAAAGUAUGAGUUUUUAUAUGAAAUUGUCUCAACACGUGCUGAUGUGGGUACUGUGAUGCUGUUUAUAAUAUUAUGAUGAUUACGAUUAUUAUUAUUAUUGAUAACAAAAAAUUUAAAUAUUAAAUGUGGAUUAUCUCCUAUUUGUAAAAUUGUUUUAGUUUAAAAGCAAAUAAAGUGACAUCAUUAUUAUCGGCGGAUUUCAAUUAAAUCGAUUCCAAUUGGC